AUAUUUUAUUAAACUGCAGCCUGAAUAAAAUGCAGCUACUAGCAUGUUUAGAAGUCUGGAUUGCUUCAUGUGUGUUUUGCUCGUUGCUGCUGACUCAGUGAUAUAAAAAGCACCUCUUUGCAUGCAGCAUGGGGACUGAUGCAUCUAAAACCCAUUAGCAGUAAACUUGCUAGUAUCAAAGGAAGAAAAACCUUUUCAAGCCUGUUACAAGAGACUGUAACAGCAGGGGGCCUCCAGUUUAUUGUUUUGUCCUGGGGCCCAAGGUUUCUGGCGGCGCUGAGUCCAGUGGAGCUUCCUCCUUUCAAAGCCUUCUGCUUUUAGUAGCUUCCUGUUUUAUUUUGGAGAGUGUGGGGUUUUCUCCUCACUUCCUGUUCCUGAGGCUCCUGUCAGUUCUGUUUUAUCUGGUUGGGUUUGGUGUUGAGUUACAGGAAGCAGCAGAGGCCAGCAGGGACGCUCCUGAAUUAUUGAUCGCUCUCAAAGCUUUUAUUUUCUUCCUGGGACGACGGCAGCAGCAUCCACCUGAGAUUUCCCAGGAGGCCUCAGUCACCAGGUCGCCACGGAAACAAGAUAAAGCUGACAAGGACGAAGAUGAGUCCAGUCGAAGCACAUGACCCUGACGCUCUCCAACAGGAAAACACACCCCGACCCCCCACCCGCUAAUCCCCCCAUUGAUCUGCAGACUCAGCGCUAAUCUGGAGUUUCCUUCACAGCCGAAUUUCAAAAUAAAACCACUGGAUUACAUCUCCUGCUCAUUAAGGUGCCUGUGGUAACCAUAUUUAUCUCUGAGCCAAAUAUCUAGAUUGACACUAAUUCACUUGCUGAUAACCGGACGUGGACCACCAAAAUAAAAGCUGGGUCUUCAUAAACCGCCGUGUUUCAUCAUCGUCGUUCAGUUGUAAACAGAACGAGUCGAGAUGCUUCAGCAUCUCACCAGCAGGCCUUUAUUUUGAAAGUCCUCCUCCCUCCACCUAUUUCAAAGUAAAUGUCCAUUUUGGCUAAACGUUUAGCGCUGAGAUAACUGAAUAGUUUGGAGCUGAAUAUUCAGUAGUUUGUAGAUCACAUUUCAGCAACACGUCGUUUAAAGGGGCUCAGCGUUUCGGCUGUUCCAGAUCUGUGGUGCAUAGAAGCUGAAAGCCGCGUCUCCAUGUUUGGUUCUGGUUCUGAUCCAGACCCAGCAGAUCUUUACUCCGUUCAGCCAUUUACUGACGACCAGAGAAGGAAUGUAGAACUAGGUGAUGUAGAUCUUCCUGGUCUCUGAUCUCUGUUCAGUUAUAGAUGGGGUCAAAGGUCACCUGGUGACAUCAUAACGUGGAGCUGUGUAUCGUCUGCGUCGCCAUGGUAACUGAUCUUGCUUCCUGCUGUAACUUGAGCCAGUGGGAGAUUAUAGAUAUAUAAUCAGAGGACGGAGCCUUGGGGAACCCCACACGUGACCUCUGACCUCUGGAUGAGACGUUUCCUAUUGAAACAGAAAUCCCGGUUCUUCAGGUCGGACUGGAAACAGUGGAGUUCUGGACUGGAGAGUCCGACCCAGUUCUCCAGUCGGUUCAGUAACAUGAUCAGAACCAGAACCAGUUCUGUGGUUCUUCCACCGUCUGUGUUUAUAUGGCUAAACUAGGGCUUUGACUAGGCCGGUCUCAGUGCUGCGGUAACCAUGGAAACCAGCUGCAGGUUGGAGAUCCAGACUGAUUCUACCGGGUCUGGUACCUGCUGCUUCUGAAACACCUGACCAGGUGAGAAGGCUGGACGUUCAGACGGAGCUUAAUGAUUUAUAACUGGGUUUAUGGUGGAUGUGGAGAUUAAAUCUCAUUUCUAAAAAGCUAACUUUGAUUAUUGCUGAGUUAAACACGUUUAGUAUGAAACUUGAUGAGUUAAUCCAGCAGGGCGGCGCUGUCUCUGAAAAUAUGGCUGUUUUCCUCUUUAAAGAAUUAAAUCAUCUGAAUAAUUAACUGAACAUGAUGAUACUUAAUCAGAGGGACUCUCGGUUCUGUUGGACUGGACUCAGAACCAGCAGGUGGUUAGAACCUGUUGAUGACGUCAAACGGUGUUGCAGCAUCACCUGGACAGGUGUAGGUCAAAGUUCACUUCGGUUCUUUGAUGCCAGCAGCAAGGGAGUGACUGGCAGCUUCUAGAACAAUAAUGUCGUUGGAAUUUUAUUGUGAAGGGCCGGCUUCCGGUGCAGCAGCCCACCUGCACGCACCUUGACGCAGCUCAGAGGCCAGUCGGCAUGACAACGCGCUCUCCAGGGCAAACCGGGAACAGCUGAUGGAGGAGGAGGAUGGCAGCUCAGCAUGUCCAGUAACGGAACCCGCGCAGAAAGCAGAACCGCCGCCGGUUCGGUCCAACUCCCGGCCAUGGAGAGAGCGCGGCCCAUCACGGUGAAGGUGUCCGCGGUGAGCCUGGCGCUCAGCUCGCUGUCCCUGCUGCUGCUGGUCACCGCCAUCUCCACCGACCACUGGUACCAGACCGACACCCGCAGGCACAAGCAGAACUGCGACGGUUCCGACUCCAACGACCAGAAGAACCGGGAGAUGCCCAUCUACCACCUGCCGCUGGUGGACACCGGCGGCGCCGCGGCCCGGCAGCGGGACGUGGCGCUGAUGAAGCCCGUGCAUGUGGGCAGCAGGGAGGAGGAGCUGCUGGAGAACUGGCGGGCCAUCCUGGGGAUGGGCAUCCUGGAGACGGAGUGCGGCAGGCCGCUGUUCUCCACGCACUCCGGCCUCUGGAGGAAGUGCUACUUCAAGGGACUGGACCCGGACAUCGACAAGCUGAUCGACCGGGGUAUCGCUGAUCGCUGCACGGCUGUGAAGUACCACUUCUCUCAGCCAAUCAGAUUAAGGAACAUCCCUCUGAACCUGACCAGGACCAUCCAGCAGGACGAGUGGCACCUGCUGCAUCUGCGCCGCAUCACGGCGGGCUUCCUGGGCAUGGCGGCCGCCGUCCUGCUGUGCGGCAGCAUCGUGGCGUCGGUCGGCUUCUUCUGGGAGGAGAGUCUGACUCAGCACGUCUCUGGCCUGCUCUUCCUCAUGGCAGGGAUCUUCUGCACCAUUUCUCUGUGCACAUAUGCAGCCAGCGUGACCUACGACCUCUCCAGGAACCCGCCCUUCAUCUACGGCCUCCCAUCCGACGUGGACCACGGCUACGGCUGGUCCAUCUGCUGCGCCUGGGCCAGCCUGGGUCUGACCGUCGCCUCCGGCUGCCUCGGAACCGCCUUCCCCUUCCUCAGCCGGGCCGGCGCGCUCGGAUCUAAAACGGCCCGUGAAUCCUCCGUGUGAGCCGCCGGAACCGGCCGCGACUUUGGACCUCAGGUGGACAGACUCACCUGUCUGUAGAUCCUUUGUGUAGGUAGCGCCCCCUGGUGGAGGUAAACUGAGGAAGCGUUACCUGAAUCCAGUUGGGCUUUGACCACUGCAGACUUUUCUACUAUGACAUCACAGAUGGGCGUGGCCACACCUUAUGCCGCUAGUCACAGUUUCUCCUGAGAGCUUUUAUUUUGAAGGAUGAGGAAUGUUUCUCAUUCCACUGGGGGUUCCUCCCCUCUGCCCAUGUCUGGACUUGUUAAAAAUCACAGCUUCUCUGGACUUGUUAGCUCGACUCGUUAACGGCUCUGGACUCGUUAACUCGACUCGUUAACGGCUCUGGACUCGUUAGCUCGACUCGUUAACGGCUCUGGACUCGUUAACUCGACUCGUUAACGUCUCUGGACUCAUUAACGUCUCUGGACUCGUUAACUCGACUCGUUAACGUCUCUGGACUCGUUAACUCGACUCGUUAACGUCUCUGGACUCGUUAACUCGAC